CGCAGCACGUCCUCGUAGAACUGCGCGAGCUCUGCAGUUACCUCGGACUGUGGAGUCAGCGUAAAGUCCUGCUGUUUUUCCGCAGCUCUGCAAUGAUACUUGCUGUCGAGGUGUUUUUCUUUCUGUAACAGCCGAAGAAAGAGGUGGCACUACACUCAGAACAAAGGAUGGAUUUGAUAAAAUUCCAUCUUCUUUUCCUAUUUUUCAUACAGAUCAACUGUAUGUCGGCCCAGGUAGAGCCGCCGUCGAACGUGACACUCCACUGCAAAAACCUAUGUAACAUCUUGACGUGGAACUACACCAAAAUCACUCCUGGGCUCAGAUUCAGAGUGGAUAUAAAUUCACUUUCAGGCCUAAACAGGUGUCCUCAACAACUUUGGGUCGACCAACCUCUUCUUCAAGCUGAUGUUUCAUGUUACUCUGAGCCAAAGGACUCAUACUUAGUCAAAGUAACGGCUGUGAUCGGUGAUACUGAAUCAGCUCCAUCCCCCAAAGAAGGAAUCACAUUCAGCUAUUAUAAGGACUCUGACACUAAACAGAAAUGUUAUGUGGACCUACCUUCAGUUACCAUAACUUCUCAACCCCAACGCCAAGCCCGGUUUCACUUUGAUCAUCCCUGCCUGCUGUACCACCAAAAACUGCCUGAAUGCAAAAAAUCCAUGAAGAAGAAUGAUGAAUUUGGGGAGCCGCUGCAAUUUUUUACAUACAACGUUGUGGUCAUCGGCACGGGCGAAACCCACAAAUUCGAUUGUGAUGAGAGGAUGUGUGAGGAGAUGCUGGAUAUGAAUGAUGAACACAAAUUCUGUCUGAGGAUUGAAGGAGAACUGGAGACGAUGUCUGUGAAGUCUACCCAAGAGCACUACUGCACCCUACCUCUAUCACCAUCUUUGCGUUACACCUGGCCCAUCUGGGUCAGUCUGGCAGGGUUUGCGGCAUUAGCUUUGAUCUUCUACAUGGUUUACCGCAAAAUUACCAAACCCUCAACUCAACUACCCAAAUUUAUGGACCGUUCCAUAUCACAGCCCCGUCCGUUGCAACCAGUUCUGGACUCUCCUGAUGAGGUCUGUUUUGUUGAUCCAGAGCCUUUGUCACCGACACCUCUAAUACCAACCACUGAUGAAGACUGCCAGGAUAAUUGCAACCUUAAUAAUGGAUCUAUAGAUGAUGUACGAAUGCAAAUUGGGAUAUCGUCUAUGGAUGAUAGAGCACCUGGAGACAUGGAAGAAAGGAGCCCAAAUGGUUCAAGGUCUCCCUACAUGGAUGGGAGGGACUUGGACGGUAAAGAUGUUGGGGCAGUCCUGUCGGAGUACGAGAGCCGUGCGGCCUUAUUCUGAGCCAAAUAUUUGAGCCUGACACUGGAGGAUAGCACUGAGGGAUACCGUCACUGAUGGCAGAGAG